AACCUCACUUUUACUUCUUGUUUGCAUGUUGUCUUGUUUGGGAUCCUUACUGCCUUACAAUUUUUCAUAAAUAAUCAAAUAGCUGUUAAAAUAUUAUGUUUUAAUUGUAAAAUUUAAUUAUGGAGAAUGUUACGACUUUUAAAGAUUUAAUAAGAACCAUAGAAGAUGACGAGGAAGUGGAGGAUCUAUCUGAAAGCUCUGAUGUAGAAGUUGAGUUCCAACCGUCAAAACAAAUCGGCAAAAAAAACGAAACCUUCGCCGAGGACUUUACGUUUGUCAGCACCGAAGAGGAAUACAACAAAGACUCCUGGAAUGACAUAAAAAAGUACAUCAAAAGAAAAGCGAAAUCGAAAACCGACGAUAAAAUCAACAAACACAGGCCUAAGCAAAACGAUGAAGAAAACAACAGUGACGCAGAAGAAAAACAAGAUUCAGGUGCCGAAUUGGAUUUAUCAGAUGACGAACUUGCUCAUGAUCGAAUCACUGCCAAAAAAAAGAAGAUACUAGGCAAAAAUAAUAAAGAAGAAGAAGAGCCAGGGAAUGAGCAGCAUUUCGAUGGGAACAACGACAUUAUGAACUUCCAACAAAUGAACUUAUCUAGGCCCCUGUUAAAAUCCAUAUCGGAUAUGAAGUUUGUCCAUCCCACUCCUAUUCAAUGCGCCACCAUUCCUGUAGCCCUUUUAGGUAGGGAUAUUUGCGGUUGUGCAGCUACUGGCACAGGUAAAACAGCCGCUUAUAUGCUACCUACCUUGGAAAGACUCUUAUACAGACCUACAGAAGCAACGUCCCUUACAAGGGUACUAGUUUUAGUGCCCACCAGAGAACUUGGUGUGCAAGUAUACCAAGUAUCCAAGCAGUUAUGUCAGUAUACUGAUAUCCAGUUAGGUUUGGCUGUGGGCGGACUGGACCUAAAAACCCAAGAAAACAUCUUGAGAAAGAACCCGGAUAUCGUCAUAGCCACUCCGGGUCGUUUAAUCGACCAUUUAAAGAGCACCCCCACCUUUGGUCUGGAUUCGAUCGAGGUACUGAUCCUGGACGAGGCGGAUCGUAUGCUGGACGAAUAUUUCGCGGAACAAAUGAAGGAGAUCAUCAAACAAUGCUCCAGAACGAGACAGACGAUGCUCUUUUCGGCCACGAUGACCGAGGAAGUGGAAAACCUGGCGGCGGUGUCUCUGGUCGAUCCGGUCCGGUUGUUUGUCGACAGUAACAAAGACGUCGCUUUUAAUUUGAGGCAGGAGUUUGUCAGAAUUAGGUCCGGCAAGGAGGCGGACAGGGAGGCCAUUUUAGGAGCCCUCGUAUGCAGAACUUUUAGGGAGAGUUGCAUUAUAUUCGUGCAAACGAAAAAACAAGCGCACAGACUUCAUAUCCUGUUGGGUCUGUUGGGGCUUAAAGUGGCCGAGUUGCACGGAAAUCUCACGCAACCACAACGUCUGGAGGCUCUCGAGAAGUUUAAAAAUAAAUCGGUGGACGUUUUGGUGGCCACAGAUGUCGCCGCCAGAGGGUUGGAUAUUCCGGGGGUUAAGACAGUUGUCAACUUUGUUAUGCCGUUUUUGUUGGAGCAUUAUAUACAUAGGGUAGGUAGAACGGCAAGAGCAGGCCGAGCAGGUGUGUCAGUAAGCCUAGCGGGUGAACAGGAGCGUAAAAUGGUAAAAGAUAUAAUAAAACGGGCAAAAUACCCGGUAAAAAACCGCGUCAUACCGCCCGAUAUAAUUGAAAAAUACCGUCAAAAGAUCACGAAACUCGAACCGAAAAUCACUCAGAUCCUACUUGAAGAGGAGGAGGAACGGCUCCUGAGUAAAGCCGAGAAUCAGGCGAAUAAAAUGGAAAAAAUGCUCGCGGGAAGCAAAGACCCGGUGAGACCGUGGUUCCAAACGAAAAAAGAGCGAAAAAGUGAAAAAGAUAAUUUAAAAUUGAAGGUGAAUGCGGGCGGUAAGAAGGUUUUAAAAGGGAAAGAUAAAAAGGAUAAAGGGGGUCAAAAUCCCGAUCCGGAAAGUGAAGAAAUAGCGAAAAUUGCCGCGGUACAAGCCCGAAUGGUGAAGAAGAAGAUCAAACAGAAGAAGAUUAAUGCGGUGAGGAACGAGGUCGGCGGCGGAGGUGGUCAAGCCGGAGGGAAGAAACGGAAAUCGCACUUCGAGGAUUUGGUUAAUACGAAAAACGCGAAAAAGUUGAGGUAUCAGUCGAAGUUUCAGCAAAACAAGCGGGGAAAUAAAAAGGGUAAAAGAUGAUGAUAAUUUAGUUUUUUUUUAAAUAAAGGACUCUGUUUAUGAAA